ACUAAUAACAAAAUUAUUGGUCUUCACAAACUGAACGAUUUAAAACCAAGAUUAGAGCUGGAAGCAUCGAAUUAGUUGAACUAAAAUAGUGAACGUGCGAGCCUCAAGAUAGAAAGACUCUGGAAGGAUAUUAGAAAGCGAUGAAAACUUGGCUUCUUCCUCUCUAGUAAACAAACGCAAAUCCAUAUGGCACCACUACAUGAGAAGAAGCUUCCCGUAAUCAGGUUCUGCCCCCGCCUGGACAAGCUACGAUCUAGACAUGUAAAGCGAUCUGUAAGGCAAAGGUUUGGCCGUCGCCAUAGCAGCAACAUUUCGCAACAGCCGUGGCCGAGAUCUAAAGAGAUUUGCCCUGUGUCAGAUCCGGUUGAACCGCAUAAGCUCCAACGCCGCCGUUUACCGAUUCAUCCUCGUCUCUCUGAGUGCUUCGGGUGCAAAGGCAAACACUUGGAGGGAAAAAGGUAUUAUUACUUUUGUCCCCUUUGCAAUUUGGAAUUCCACAGAGGCUGUCACGUGUUACCACAAAAGAUGAAACACCCUCUUCACCUUUCUCACCCACUCACGCUUAUUUCCCUGGAUCCUAAUUUUGAUACCUCUAAGAUACCUCAAGAAUGGGGAGAAUCGUCGUCGUCCUCAGAAUCAGAAGGUUAUUUUGGUGGUCGUGGGGGUCUUCUUCGUCGCCGUGCUCGUUUUUUUGGCCCUUUUUCUGAUGAUGAUGAUGAUGAUGAGGAUGACGAUGAUGAUGAUGAUGAUGAUGAUAGUCCUGAUGAUGAUGAUGAUGAUGAUGUUGCCUAUUCAUCAGAUAUAUAUUAUGGAAAAUGCAAAUGUUGUCAGAAACGUUUCGAAGAUAUAUACUAUCAUUGUUCUGUUUGCAACUUCAGCCUCAAUUUCACUUGUACAAUAAAGCCACCACCUCUCACUAUCACCCACCCAAAGAGCCACAGCCACCCUCUCACUCUCUUUCCUAGACGAUUUCCUUUGCCUUGUGAUGUUUGUGGGUUACCUCUCAAUGACGCUCAUGAUCCAGUUUACGCUUGUCUUCCUUGUAACUACAUGGUUCACAGAACAUGUAUAAAUUUACCUCGUGUCAUUAAGAUCACCCGCCACCAACACCGCCUGUCUCUCAUUUCCUCUCUUCUUUCUGGUGAUUUUUCUUGUGGAGUUUGUCGCAAAACCAUUGACGUUAGCUACGGACAUUAUUCUUGCACUAAGGGAUGUUGCUAUGGUGCCCAUUCUAAAUGUGCGACGAAUAAAAAAGUGUGGGACGGCAAAGAUCUCGAAGAUGUGCCUGAAGAAACAGAAGAAGUUAUCGAGCCAUUCAAAAGAAUUGAUGAGGAGACGAUACAGCAUUUCACUCAUAAAUGUCAUCUAAAACUCCACGGGAAGGGUAGCCAACGCGGUGCAAAGAAGUUUUGUAAGGCUUGCUGCCUUCCAAUAUCGAUUUAUGAUGCUUUCUACUGUUGUUUGGACUGCCACUUUGUUCUGCACGAAGCAUGUACAUGCCUUCCUCGCAUACAACAUCAUCCACUACACAAGCAUCCGCUUAUCCUCAACAAAAGUGACCCCUCCCUCCAUCAGCUUAGUGUAGGUGGUCAUGAUGUUGAAGGGAUGUUUUCUUGCAGUGCUUGUUGCCGACAUAGUUCGGGUUUCGUGUACAGUUGCGAUGUAGAGUUUUGUAACUUUCAGCUAGACGUCAAGUGUGCUUUCGUUCCAGAUACAUCGAUCCAUGAGAGCCAUCCUAAUCACCCCAUCUACAUCAAUUUGACCAAAGGAGAAUGUAUCGGUUGUAGUAAUCCAUGUUCACGUAAGUACCUAGAAUGUGUGAUCUGCGAUUCCUUUUUGGGAGUUAAAUGUGCUACUUUGCCAAGUGUAGCACACUACAAGCACGAUAGCCAUCCACUCACUCUUUGCUAUGGAGAAAAGGGUACAACAAGUGGUCAAUGCUGGUGUGAGAUAUGUGAAUCAAAAUUAGAUGAAAGCGAGUGGUUCUAUACAUGUGACUCUUGUAGAGUCACUCUCCAUGUGAAAUGCUUGUUGGGAAUAGACAUGUACAUGAAACCUCAACAUUUCCUCGGAAAAGAAGGAGAGAUUGAAAUUGCUCUUAACGAUGGUAACACUCGACCGUUUUGCUCUAAAUGUCAUGUACGUUGUACUGACACUUCGGUAUUCAAGUACCAAGAUAAUUUUUACUGUGAUUUGUAUUGUCUAAUCUGCCUUAUUACAUAUGGUGAUCGGUAAAAAAAAAACAUCGGAUAUCUUUUUAUUUA